UGCAGUUGAAGGAGUAAUGGGGCUCGGGUUUGGUUCUCAGAUUUGGGGUCAACUAGUCAACAGUGCCUACAAUCAAGUUAUUGGAUUUGCACUUCCCAAUAGAAACUGUCCUAUUGGUUCAAUCGCACUUGGAGGAACAGAUUCUAGGUAUAUCCAAGAUCCUAAUCAAUCGGUUACAAUACGAACUUUAAAUGAUGCUACUUAUUUGAAAAUUGAAAUUAAUUUGAUAUGGGUUAAUACGACACCGAUCAUAAUUCCAAUUCCAGUGGUUAAUUCGAUUAUUAGUACUAGUUAUAAUAAAAUUUCCCUUGGUACUUAUGCUAGUGAAUUUUUUAAAGAGUUAGGUGCUAAUAAAGAUAGCAAUGGAAAUUGGAUAGUACCGAAUCCCGUUGAUAUAUCUUUUGAUAUUAAAACUGAUUCUGGAGAUCUAAUUGGAGUAACAAUACCGAGUUCUUUAACCUGUAAUAUGAUUCAAGGAAGAUGUGUAUCUAUAUUUGAUGAUUCAUUUGGACCUUCAAAUUCAAUAAUUUUUGGUAUACCUGCGCCUACAUUGUUUCAACCUACAGGCUCAUAUAUACCUACAGGCUCGCCUACGCUCACAAAUUUACCUCGACCUAUAGACUCUUCUAUGUCUAAAUUCCUGCCUCAACCUACAAACUCAUCUAUUCCUAAAGGAUCAUCUCAUCCUACAGGCUCAUCUAUUCCUACAGGCUCAUCUCAUCCUACAGGCUCAUCUAUUCCUACAGAAUCACCUCAUCCUACAGGAUCAUCUCAUCCUACAGGUUCAUUUAUUCCUACAGAACCAUCACAUCCUACAGGCUUAUUUAGACUUCCAGGACCAUCGCCAAUACAUGCAAAUUCAUCUCAAUCUAUAAGUUUAUCUAUACCUACAGGCUCACUUAGACAUCCAGAAUCACCUCAUCCCACAGGAUCAUCUCAUCCUACAGGCUCAUCUAUUACUACAGAAUCAUCGCAUCCUACAGGCCUAUUUAGACUUCCAGGAUCAUCGCCCAUACAUGCAAAAUCAUCUCAAUCUAUAAGCUUAUCUAUACCUACAGGCUCAUUUAGACAUCCAGAAUCGCCUCAUCCUACAGGAUCAUCUCAUCCUACAGGCUCAUCUAUUCCUACAGAAUCAUCUCAUCCUACAGGCCUAUUUAGACUUCCAGGAUCAUCGCCCAUACAUGCAAAAUCAUCUCGAUCUAGAAGUUUAUCUAUACCUACAGGCUCAUUUAAACAUCCAGAAUCGGGAUUGCCCAUACAUGCAAAAUCAUCGUCUCAAUCUAUAAGUUUAUCUAUACCUACAGGCUCAUUUAGACAUCUAGGAUCGCCCAUACUUGCAAAAUCAUCUCAAUCUAUAAAUUUAUCUAUGCCUACAGGUUCAUCUGUACCUAUAGAUUCAUUUCAACCUACAAAUUCCUCAAAGUCUACAGAAUUGUCCCAACUUACAAGCAUGUCACUUACAGAUUUAUCUCGACCUACAGAUUUGUCUCAGCAAACAGGCUCGUCUAUACAUACAGAUUCACCUCGACAUUUAAGCUUAUCUCGAUCUACAGGUUUAUCUGGACAUACUGGCUCAUCUAUAACUACAGAAUAA